CUUAUAUAAGCACAACCAAAUUAACCAUGCAUGAUGCAGACCAAGUGAUCAGCCAAUAUGGCAUCACGAACAACUUGUACGCGUGCAGAGGUAGUCAUCAAGGUGUCGUACGUGGUGGCGCUCACCGUCGCGCUCUUUUUGCCGUGCUGCGGCGCCACGUCGAGGUCACGGUUGGUCUCCUCCUCCUUUGCCGAUGCACCGGAAGGCGGCCGGGCUGCACCGGCGCCGUCGGUGGAGCCGGCGGUGCUUGAUGUGCCGGCUGCAGAAGCUGCAGCCUCGCCAGUGCAACCGCCGGAGCCGGCAACUGUCGCUGCCGCGCCGACGCCGUUGGAGGGCCACGGCCAGCACGUGAAGAGCAAGCACCACGACCACGAGAAGGCGCCACCCAAGCACCACCCGAAGGCACCGCCCAAGCACCACGGGCGCCACGCUCCUCCACCGCCGGACCUGUCGCCGCCGGCGCCUCCACCGGAGCCGUACGAUAACCAGCCCCCGGUCGCGCCGGGGCCAGAGUGCCCCAACGGCAAGAACCCGGCGUGGCCGUUCCCGUGGCCGCGCCCGGGCAACCAGUGGCCGCCGCUGCCGCCGUUCCCGUUCCACCCACCGCCACUCCCAGCCUGGCCGCAGCCAGGGAGCCAGUGGCCGCCGCUGCCGCCGCUCCCGUUCCACCCACCGCCACUCCCAGUCUGGCCGAAGCCAUGGAACCAGUGGCCGCCGCUGCCUCCGUUCCCGUUCCACCCGCCACCGUUCCCGUCGUGGCCGCACCCCAGUCCAGGCAAGUGGCCACCACUCCCUCCAUUCCCGUUCCACCCGCCGCCGACGCCGGCGUGGCCAUGGCCUCACCCGGGCAACCAGUGGACGCCGGCACCGCCGUCCUUGCACGGCAACGACAUCCCAACGACGACGCAGCAGAACCCCAAGAACUGACGCAUCAUGCGCGCGCGCGCGCGCUUUUGCCCUCGAGGAGGAUGAAGAAACCGACCGAGAGCUUCGAUGACUGCUACUCCAGAAUCCAGAUAUAUAACACGAGAGGAAAGAAUAAUGAAUUUGUUUCAUUAGAAUGAGAGAUCAAUACGACGGCAUUUGUAUACGACGUACGAUUUACGUUUUUAUUCGGCAUCGAAGAGUCAUGAUGACAUUGAAUAAAUUCCGACAAGUUUUUAAGGAAACUUAUGGCGAAUUUGCACUGGUUUAUUCGUUGGUGGCUGUGCAUGCAUGCACUAGUGCACAUAGGUUCAUGGCGCCGCCGCCUUGCCGGCCUUGGAACGCAGAUCCGACGGAGCAGCGCUGCGGCAACGUGCUUGCCAACGCCAUUGGCUUGUCGGCUCUAGCAAUGCUCGAAAAAACAUCCAUCCUACAAUGAACCAUAGAGGCUGAGAUCCACGGGCGGUCCGCAUGGCGCCGCGCGCCGCCGGAGUUGCUUCCGGUGGCCAAGCUCUACGGUCUUGACACGAGUCCGAUGUGGACGGUGUCGUCGAGAACCUCAUGACCGUCGAGAUGCGUAGCUGAUUAGCGGAUGGUUUUUGCACCGGAUGUGCUUGUACCUCUUUUCCUUUCCUCAUACUAGGCCUACACAUUAUUAGUUUGUUAUGAGUUAUUUGCAUUUA